UUUUUCAUACAGUAUAAAUUAAUUUUCUGAUAUGUCUACAACAAAUGGCAAACGAACACCAAAUAUAUGCAAUGUUCCGACUAUUAUUGUUAUGGUCGGAUUACCCGCCCGUGGGAAAACUUACAUCAGUAAAAAGUUAACAAGAUAUUUGAAUUGGGUUGGAGUAAAAACGAAAGUCUUUAAUGUUGGAAAUUAUCGCCGGCACGAAUGUGCAAAAUUUCAAGAUCAUGACUUCUUUCGACCAGAUAAUAAAGAAGCUAUGAGAAUUCGUGCUAAAUGUGCACAGGAUGCAUUGAAAGAUGUCAAAAAAUAUUUGACGACAGUUGGCCAGAUUGCUGUAUACGAUGCAACCAACACAACCGCUGGCAGAAGGAGAAUAAUUUUAGAUUUUGCGCGAGAAUGGGGAUUCAAAGUGUUUUUUAUUGAAUCACUGUGUGAUGAUCCAAGUGUGAUUGAACAAAAUAUUACUGAAGUAAAACUUAAUGGACCUGAUUAUCAGGGACAGGAUCCUACGCAAGCUAUGAAUGAUUUUGUUAAACGUAUCGAGCAUUAUGCAACAGCGUAUGAAACCCUCGAUCCAGAGCUUGAUAAAGAUUUGUCUUAUAUUAAAGUGAUUGAUGUUGGGAAAAGAUUUAUUGUUAACCGUGUUACAGAUCAUGUACAGGGUCGUAUUAUUUACUAUCUCAUGAACAUACACAUUACUCCACGUUCCAUUUAUGUUUGUCGUCAUGGUGAGAGCGGGAUGAACUUGAAUAUGAGAAUUGGUGGGAAUUCAAAUUUAACAACUGGCGGGGAAAAAUUUGCACAAAAUUUAGCAACUUUUAUCGAGGAACAAGACAUCAAAGAUUUAAAGCUCUGGACGAGUCAGUUAUCGAGAACGCAAGAUACAGCAAAACAUAUUAAUGUAUCAUCGGAGCAAUGGAAAGCUUUGAAUGAGAUAAGUGCGGGAGUAUGUGAAGGAAUGACCUACGAGGAAAUUGAAAAAAGCAUGCCAGAAGAAUUUGCACUCAGAGACCAAGAUAAAUACCAUUACAGAUAUCCAAUGGGGGAGUCAUACUUUGAUCUUGUUACUCGACUGGAACCAGUAAUUAUGGAAUUGGAAAGAUCUGAAAAUGUUCUUGUCAUUUGUCAUCAGGCUGUCAUGAGGUGCAUUCUCGCAUAUUUUCUUGACAAGGAUGAAAAUGAAUUACCUUAUUUGAAAUGUCCUCUACAUUCUGUUUUAAAAUUAACACCAAUUGCUUAUGGAUGUGUUGUUGAAACAUUUUCACUGGGGCCAGGUGCAGUGAACACACACAGACCGAAACCAACAUCUUCGCCUGUAAAACUAGAAUCUGGUGAGUUAAAUGAUAAUGGCCACUUGAUUGAGGAACACAACGGAAUUAAAAAAGACACUUUUGUUGAAGAAGACCACAAUAGUGACAGUGAUGAAGAGUGGUUGAGCAGAAAAAGAACCUUCAGUUUGCCAGGGUCACAUAUCAGAUUGAAGUUACCAACGAUCACACGGAAACGACCACAUUCGCCUAUUGUGAAUACUCAAGUGGAUGCAACGACAGCCAAUCUGCCUAGAGUGCGGAGCAUGGGCAACCUUAUGGAAAAACGAUUGCUCAUUGCUGGAAGAUUCGUGCAUAAGGACAAGACUCCGCAAGAUGGUACCUGCGUGAGGAAUAUAAAGGAUGACAUGAAUAACAACUGUAAUAUAAGUAACAACAAUAACUACAAAAAUUAAAUAUAAGUUCUUCACUGUGGAUUAUUUUAUUCCAUAUCUUUCUGAUUCAAAUUUAUUAUAUUCAAAUAUUUGCUCAAUGGGUUAGGAUAUUUUUCAUUAGAUAAAUUUAGGGAGUUUUAUAUAAAUGUGUACAUGUUUACUUUUAACCAAAUAGUUAGAACUCUGCUUGUAUCCUCACCACAAUGGUCUUAGUAAUACAGGGUAAUAAAGUCUUUAAAUUUUUUAAAUUGAGGAGGGGAUUUAUAAUUACCAUUAUAGUUUGUUGGGUCCUACAGGUAUAUUGAAUGACGUAGAAAAACUUAAAUAAACACUACUUUAAAUGAUACAGACCUGGUUAUUAAGAUAUAUUUAUAGUUGCCUUCAUAUGUGAAAUUCGGUUUUCGGUAUUAAAAUGCAGAUGUGUUUGCUUUCAACAACAUUCUAUAGAAAACAAGUGUGCAAAAACAGCAAUGUUACAGAUAUAUUAUUAUUAGUAUUAAUAUUGACCAAAAAUAGUUACUCCGGAUAUUUUUUAAGUUUCUUAUCCAAUAUUCUGGCUCCUUUAAUCUCCUUUAAUUUAAAUGCUAUUUGCAUUCCCUUUUCUCUCUACUGGUAUAACGUUUUUUCCAUUGAAUACAGAAUUCUAUAUAUGGAAAAAACAUGAGAAAAUAUUGCUUUGGACUUAUACGCUACAAUUUGGUAUACUUUGACUUUCAUUCUUUUUUUCAACAAUUUCUCUCAACAUGCUUUUGUAGAGAUUGCUUGUUGGAGAUGCACCAAUGCUUUUAUGUUGUUCGCUUCUUGAUAUUUCUCCAUUGUCAUACUUGCCAUUAUAUUCAUAAUUUAUUUCCAUAUUUGCUGAAAGUUUACAUCCCAUACCGGUAGAUUGGGUUCGGAGGUCAAAAAUAGAUUUCUUCCAAGGUUCCAUACCUUGAAUUCCAUUUUUUAAAUUUUCGUAAUUAUUUCAUCUUCCAUUGCUUUGAAAUAAGGAAUGAAUAUCCAAUCUGAGAAAUAUCUUGAGUGUGACAAAAUAAGCAUUUCUGCAUUUAACUAUUUCAGGAUAUCAUAAAUGCAUCAAAUGCCAAAUAAAAAUAGACGACAAUGUGAAAGUUUGCUUUUCGCGUUAUAAAUUAUAGUUUUAUUUUCACUCUGCCUGAGCUUAGUAUUUAUUGUUUGUAGUUGAGUAGUUAUUUAUUGGUAGUAUUUAUUUAUUACAUAUUAUAAUGCCAAAUAGUUCCUUAAAUUAUGUUGUGUAGUGUCGGAUGAUUUUUAAAUGUGGUUUAUUUAUUAUAUAUGUUGUUUUCAUUGCUUACUUUGCCAUCUUUUCUGUUUUGCAUUUGUCUCGUCCCAUUGCAAAUUUUCAUAUACAAAACCUAAUUUUUGCCCUUAUUGCAUUAUUGGGGUUUUUAAUUUUCGAUACAUCCAUGCAUAUGAAAUAUUAAAUUGAUUUACUGAUCCAUAGGACUUUGUUACAGAAUGAUAGAGCAAGAUUCGUCAUGUCAUUAAAUCAUUAACAUUAAGGUAUUUUAACAGCUAUAGGAAAUAAUAUACCAGCAUCUUUGAGAUUUCAGACAACUAGUAUGAAUCGAACGCAGGUUCUACACAUGGGUUUGUGCAAUGGUUUCCCCAUUACCAAAUGUUGAACACACUGUCUUUUAUAGAGUGAAACAGCUUACUAGUUAGCUAUGCCAUUUUUGUAAUGGCCUUUCGGUGGUGUCAUACUAUUCAUACUGUUAUAUUUAUCUGAUAUAAUUCAUUGUUCAAGUUCAGGCAAUAAAUAUGAAUAAGCUUUCAAAUAGAAGUUUAAAAAGUUCAUUGACGCUGGUUCAUAUAAUUUUCAUUCUAAUGAUCAGUUCUAUUCCUUCAUUUGAAUACCUUUUCUCUAAUAUUACAUUAGGCUUUAUUUUCAAAGUCAUAUAAUAUAUAUAUGUUUCUAACAACCCUUAAUAUAUGUUAAAUUAAACUUGUUUUCCUUUGUUGUUUGUAUGACAGUGUUGGUUUACUGUUAUGUUGUUGUUAUUGGGUAUAUUUUCAAUGUUAACAUGAGAUAAGAUAAUUUUAUUCAAGUGUUGAAAUUUUUUUUGUGAGUUCCAAUGUAUAUAAUUUAAAUUCCUGUGUAAAUUUUCAUACCUAGAAAUUGUUUUAUGAAUACCUUUGAGUUUGAUGGACAUUUAUGAUUAAGUAAAAGUUCGAGACAUCACAUUUGGGUAGACGUCUCUAAACCCAGAGUCGUCGAUCAAGUUGGGUCAUGUGUCCAGAGUCGAGUCGUUCACUGCGUUAAAUCUCACUGGCGGUUGAGUCAAGUCCCAAAUCAUUUCAUUCGGAUGACUCACAUAUAUGAUGUUGGCUCAUGCCAAAGUCUAGUGAAUGACUCUAGUCUCUCCAACAAUAAGUAAGUUAUGAUGAAACUAAUUUAAUACCCAAUGUGAAUUGAAUAGGUUAUUUUUUCGAUAACAUAAGAUUCUUGUGCAGGUCAAUGAAAAGAUAUGUUGCCGCUCUGAUGUGUCUAAAUUAUUAGCUUGAAAAAAUUUUAUGGUGUAAAAACUUAUUUCCUAUUAAGGCUCUGAAAAUGUUUUGGCUCUUGUGAUUGGUUCAAACUGGCUAUUGAUCAUGCAAGCUUCUAAUCCUACCCUCUCGCGUUCUUUCAAAUUUUUUACAGAUCAGAAGUUCAGUGCAGUUCACAAUAUUAGGGAGUAAAUAUAUUUUAUUUUUGACAUACAACAAAUCUGUUUGUUACUAUAUUUAUUCGUCUAUGACUUUAUAUCUUAAUGUUUCAGUGUUAUGUUUUGAUAUUUGAAAAGAGUUUGUGUAAUGUUUGA